GUUAAAUGGUGGCUGGAUGAGAGGGUACUUAUGGAGGGCAGUGAAGCCUCAGAGAUACCUGAGCGGUGCAGGAGGGACACUUUCUUUUCUAGUCGUCUGCUGUUCGUUCUGUUGUUCAGCACAGCCGGCCGCCAUGCCCACCGACGCCCAAAGUGACGCUCGGUCCUUCCUGACUGAAGAGAUGAUUGCUGAGUUCAAAGCCGCCUUCGACAUGUUCGACACCGACGGCGGCGGCGACAUCAGCACCAAGGAGCUGGGCACCGUGAUGAGGAUGUUGGGUCAGAACCCGUCGAGGGAGGAGCUGGACGCCAUCAUCGAGGAGGUCGAUGAGGACGGCAGCGGCACCAUCGACUUCGAGGAGUUCCUGGUCAUGAUGGUGCAGCAGCUAAAGGAGGACCAGGCCGGGAAGAGCGAAGAGGAACUCUCAGAGUGCUUCCGUAUUUUCGACAAGAACGGAGACGGUUUCAUCGACCGUGAGGAGUUCGGAGACAUCCUGCGUCAGACCGGAGAGAAUGUGGCGGAGGAAGACGUCGAUGAGAUGUUCGGCGAAUCGGACUCGAACAAAGACGGAAAGAUCGACUUUGACGAGUUUCUGAAGAUGAUGGAGAACGUCCAGUAGUGAGGCCAGCUCUACAUUCCUUCCUUCCUUCCUUCCUCUGAGAGAAAACGACGAGUAAUCUGCUCUAAAAACGCCCCUCAAACCUUCACGCUGUGGUUUCUGAGAUGUGAAAACGGAGACAGACGAGCCCCCCGCCCCGCCGGCCCAAGCCUGUUGAGGAUAUCUAUAAAUAUCCGCCCAAACCUUUUAAGACGAACACACUUUCCCCCCUCGGACACUUCGGCGUGUCGGACACCCAGCUGUCCUCCUUUAGCAGCUGCUUCUCCUCCAGAAACGCUACACCGCCGAGCUUCGACUCCCCCCAAACCGAACCUCUCCUCCUCCCUGAUCUGCUUUCUAAAUAAAUUCUUCUUCCACCGAUCGUA